GUGACACAGGGUACCCAGUGUGGAAUGAUGCUGGUUGGCUGGUUUGCAAAUGGCGGACAAGAUUGAAUCUUUUGAAGCAAAUAAUUCUGACAGGAGAUUAACAAGAUCUGCUGCUAAGAGUGCUAAAAAAGCAGUAAACUUACAAGUCAAUCCAGAAAAUGUCAAAGAAACAAAGAGAACAGUAUCUACCAAAAAAACACCCAAGAAACCCUCCAUAUCAAUUAAAAGAAGAAUCCUGGAAAGGGAUACUGAUGAAGAAAGCAGCUACAGUGAGGCUGUAAGUGAUGAUGUAGUUCAAGAUAGAGACUUUAUUCCUGAGGAACUUUCUGACGAUGAAGAUGAGGAAGGCCAUGAUGAUGGUGUUGAUGAUGAUGAUGAUGAUUAUAGUGAUGAAGAAAAAAUGAUAACACCAUUAGCUCUAAUCGACAGUGAUACAGAUGUUACUGGUCAAAAUGUAUUUGGGUUUCAAACUCCUGGAAGAAAAUCAGGAUCUUUAGCACAAGCAGCUUCAGAAGCAAUUCAUGUAAAAAAAAGCAAGACUCCUUCAACUUCUAAGAAAUAUACCAAAAUAGCUGACAAAAGAAAAACAACAGAAAGAAAGAGAAAUCAAGUGCAAGAAAAAGAGGAAAAACAGACACAAAAUAAGAAAUCAAAAAAGGCUUCAACCCCUGCCAUGACCGCCAAUGACAGCUACAGACGAAGAGGAAGACCUCCAGUCCUUUUGCAAUCAUCAAAUGAAUCUGAUGAAGAGUCAGACGUUGCUGGGAGCAGUAGUGACAAUGAAAGUGAAAAAGACAGUGGAAUCAGAGCUACACUUGCUUCAAAAAAGUCUAUAAAGUUUGAUGAUAAUAUACCUGAGGACAYGAAAUCCAUGGUAGAGGAAUACUUUUCUGCUCAUCAUGAUACAAAAUGUAUGACAUCAGACAGAACACUUGCCAGCCUUGCAACACCACUCAUGGAUCAGGAUGAAGUUUCAAGGCAUCUACAUCAAGUCAAAACAACACACCCAAUUGAAAGUUUACAUUUCUACCAAGAAUACAGGAAAUAUUUUGCAAAAUGGAUGUUCCAAAUAAGACAUGGCUUCAACCUUCUUUUGUAUGGCCUUGGUUCAAAGCGAGUGUUAAUAGACCAGUUCAGGUCAUCCAUGUUACAAGGCUAUACCCAGAUGGUUGUAAAUGGUUUCUUUCCAAGUAUUAUGAUAAAAAAUAUAUUGAAUACUAUAACUGAAGAUGUCCUAGAACAUAAUGGUGCAUUUAAAAGUGUCAUUGAUCAAACUUCCUUCAUUCAAGAAUCAUUUAAAAAGGGAAAAGGUCCAGGAGAACUAUAUCUGAUCAUUCACAAUAUCGAUGGAACAAUGCUUCGUUCAAAAAAGGCACAGACAGUGCUCAGCCUUUUGGCAGAGAUUCCAUUCAUACAUGUCAUUGCAAGUAUUGACCACAUUAAUGCUCCACUAGUAUGGGACCAGUGUAUGUGCAGUAGAUUCAAGUUCCUAUGGUAUGAUGUCACCACAUUUGAGCCUUACGCAGAAGAGACUUCAUAUGAAAACUCAUUACUGGUACAGCAAUCUGGUGCACUGGCUUUGAGCUCCAUGAACCAUGUAAUGAGAAGUUUGACAACCAAUGGGCAGGGGAUAUUCUUAUUGAUUGUCAAUCAUCAGCUGCAGGAAAAGGACAACUCUUCAUAUAUUGGUUAUAAUAUCUAUGAUCUAUACAACAAGUGCAGGGAGAAAUUCCUGGUAAACAGUGAACAGACUUUGCGUGCACAGCUUACUGAGUUUAGGGACCAUAAACUGAUCCGUUCCAAGAAGGGAGCUGAUGGAGUGGAACACCUGAUUAUUCCACUGGAUGCUGCAACACUAAAACAGUUCCUGGAAGAACAGCAAACCAAAAGCUCACAGUAAUAGAAUACUUCAUGUGUAGAGUCAUGUGUGAAAAGAGGAAUAAUAUUUGCACACCUUCGUCAUCAGUAAUGCAAGAAUGCAUUGGGGGUAUAUUAAUCUAGAAGCUGAGCAAGCACUAACAAAACAACCAUCGUAAAUCAUUUCUGCCAGUACUCAGCUACUAUAAUUACUGAUCUUAUCAAAAUCCAUUGUUUUCAGUCUGCAUUAUCCCAAUGAAUGCAUAGAGGAAAAUCAGACAUAUUUAGUUCAUUCA